CGGCCCAACCCUCAAGUGAACCGCGGUAAAACAAAAAAAGGCUGCAACUUCGUCUCUGCGUUCUUCGUCUCGGCAAUAGGUUAUCGCCGGCCACCGUGUUUCGGACAUACCCAUCGGACGACUGUUAAAUUUCUAAAACACAGAUUAGGGGUAUUUAUAGCACCGCCGGGUAAACAUCCAAAGGCCUGUUCUUGCGACCUGAGGUACAACGGGUCCUGUUAGGAGGCGAGACUUAUGGCAUAGAAGCAUAAGAAGCUUUGGCUAGACUCGGCGGAGGAUUAAACCCUCAAAUUAGGGUUUACUUGUAUCACCACUGAGUGAAUUGAAGGUCUGUUCCUCUGAUUAAGUACAACGAGUCGUUUUUGGAGGGUUAAACUUAUGGCUGAUAAGUACAAUAUCGAGGAAGCAGAGGCUUUGGCCAGGAGAGCCUUGCGCUUGCCAAUUGCACAGGCGACGCCGAUCUACGAGCAGCUUUUGUCACUUUAUCCCACUUCAGCGAGAUAUUGGAAGCAAUAUGUGGAAGCACAAAUGGCUGUAAACAAUGAUGAUGCUACGAAACAGAUAUUUAGUCGUUGCUUGUUGACCUGCCUUCAAGUUCCUCUUUGGCAAUGUUACAUUCGGUUCAUCAGAAAGGUCUACGACAAGAAAGGAGCAGAGGGUCAGGAGGAGACCACAAAGGCUUUUGAGUUUAUGCUAAAUUAUAUUGGGACAGACAUAGCAUCUGGGCCUAUAUGGACUGAGUACAUUACCUUCCUAAAAUCUCUUCCGGAAGAUUUGCAACGCAAGAUUGCUGUCCGGAAAGUGUAUCAGAGAGCUAUAUUAACUCCGACUCACCACGUUGAACAACUUUGGAAAGAUUAUGAGAACUUCGAAAAUUCAGUUAACCGUCAAUUGGCGAAAGGGCUUGUAAAUGAGUAUCAACCAAAAUUUAACAGUGCCAGAGCUGUAUAUAGGGAGCGCAAGAAGUACAUUGAAGAAAUUGAUUGGAAUAUGCCUGCUGUACCACCAACAGGUUCUUCCAAGGAAGAAGCUCAAUGGGUGGCGUGGAAGAAGUUUUUAUCCUUUGAAAAAGGAAACCCUCAAAGGAUUGACACGGCCUUAUCAACUAAACGGAUUGUAUAUGUCUAUGAACAGUGUCUGAUGUGCUUAUAUCACUAUCCCGAUGUAUGGUAUGACUAUGCUGAGUGGCACGUAAAAUCUGGUUCCACGGAUGCUGCAAUCAAAGUAUUUCAGCGAGCUCUUAAAGCCAUUCCUGAUUCGGAAAUGUUAAAAUAUGCGUAUGCGGAGUUGGAGGAAUCUCGUGGAGCAAUUCAGUCAGCAAAGAAAUUAUAUGAAAGCAUUUUGGGGGUUAGCACGAACUCUUUGGCACAUAUACAAUUCCUUCGUUUUCUCCGGCGGGCCGAGGGUGUUGAAGCUGCUCGCAAGUACUUUUUGGAUGCUAGAAAAUCUCCCAGCUGUACAUAUCAUGUGUAUAUUGCUUUUGCUACUAUAGUCUUUUGUAUUGACAAGAAUCCAAAGGUUGCUCAUAAUAUCUUUGAGGAGGGAUUGAAACGCUAUAUGAAUGAACCCGUUUACAUCCUUGAGUAUGCAGAUUUCUUGACUAGAUUGAAUGAUGAUAUAAAUAUCAGAGCUUUGUUUGAACGGGCAUUAAGCACACUGCCUGCUGAAGACUCUGCUGAGGUGUGGAAAAGAUUCAUUCUGUUUGAGCAAACAUAUGGAGAUCUUGCUAGUAUACUAAAGAACAGAGUGGCACCUCGUAAAGAGGCAUUUGAGAACUGUUCGUGGAAUUAUGAAAUUAGAUUACGAUAUGCCCAGUAUCAAGUUGAGCAGAGGAGGAAAGAAGCACUUUUUGGAAAAGGGGAAGAGGGAUCUUCUGCUCUGGAGAGUUCACUUCAAGAUGUUGCUUCUCGGUACAGUUAUAUGGAUCUUUGGCCAUGCAAUUCCAAGGAGCUUGAUUAUUUAGCCAGACAAGAGUUGCUUGUGAAGAAUAUGAAUAAGAAAGUAGAGAAGACAAAUCUAACCCAUGGACCUGCAGCUACAGGUAGUGUAGCUUCUUCGUCAAAAGUAGUUUAUCCAGAUACAACGCAGAUGGUCGUUUAUGACCCGACAAUUAAAUCAGAGUUUGCUAGUUCUGCAAACCCAGUGGCAGCUGCUGCUUCGAACACCUUUCCAAGUAAUGUGGCUGCAACUGCAACCUAUGGAUCAGCCAGCACAUUUGACGAGAUACCAAAGACUACUCCACCUGCAUUGAUAGCUUUUUUAGCUAACUUACCCAUUGUUGACGGUCCAACACCCAAUGUGGAUGUUGUUCUGUCAAUAUGUUUGCAGAGUGACUUAGCAACAGGUCAAACCUCCAAGCAGAGUUCUGCUGCUAAAGGCAAUGUUCAAAGUCAAAAUGAUCCCUCAGGUUCAUCCCGGGGUGGAUCUCAAAGAUUAUCAAGAGACCGAAGAGCUACAAAGAGAAAAGAUUCCGAUAGGCAAGAAGAAGAUGAUACUGCAACCAUACAAAGCCAGCCUCUACCUACAGAUGUAUUCAGACUAAGGCAAAUGCGUAAGGCUCGAGGGAUCGCAACAUCAUCACAGACACCAACCGGUUCCACAUCGUAUGGCAGUGCCUUCUCCGGUGAGCUAUCUGGUAGCACCGGCUAAAAAAUGUAAUGAGAUAGACAAAAUUGUAUAAGCCUCUCUUGGUUUUGUAAUUUAUUACUCUCAACAAUUUUGAUUUAUGCAAUAAAAAUAAGCCUCCUUGGAUAUAUUUUAUACAUGUUUCUCAGAUCUUCAAGGUUACUUCAAUUUUAGUUACAAAUAUAUUAAUAUUAGUGGUUACAGAGAAUUGCUACAAUAAACCUGUAAAAUCACAAACUACUGAACUGAACCAGAAGUGCUUCUUACAAUAUCUUUCACAUCAGUUAAUUCUUUCACCACAUCUCUCAUGGAGGGUCUGUUCUCUGGCCUCUUGUCCGUACACCUAAGAGCCAAGUCUGUAAGUUGGAUUGCUUGUUCCCUACGCUGCGUAUCCAAAAGCUCAUCCACAAGCGUUGGAUCAACGAUUGGACCAGCAGUAUCAUCAUCAUCAUCCCCGUAGCUGCUUAAUACAGAUCUGACCCAGGUCACGAUAUCUGUCUCCUCCGGGAAAGAUCUGUCCACAGCUCUCUUUCCCGUUACCAGCUCGAGCAAAACAACUCCAUAACUAUAAACAUCUGAUUCCUUGCUUCUCACUGUCUUGUAAGCAUUUUCUGGUGCAAUGUAACCAGUGGUGCCUGUGAUGGUGGCUGUUGAAACUGUUGAGUCAUCUAGAAUCCGAGCCAAUCCGAAAUCUCCAAUGUGAGGCUCCAUAUCCGAGUCCAUGAGUAUGUUCUCUGGUUUGAUGUCACGGUGAAUGAUUGGUGGAUGACAAUCAUGGUGUAGAUACGCUAGCCCGUGUGCGAUCCCAAGUGCUACGUUGAACCGUGCAGACCAGUCAAGACCGGUUUCUCCUGGAUUACCUCUGUGCAGAACGUCGUGUAGGCUUCCAUUGGGCAUGUACCUGUACAGCAUCAGGCCGUUUUCUUUCCUCAUCCAAAAUCUUUCCAACCGAAUGAGGUUUCUGUGCCUAACAAGCCCGAUUGUCUCGAUCUCCCUCUUCAUAUUUUGGUUUGCGCGCACGUGUCCCGCAAAGGUGAGUUUCUUCACGGCGUAUUCUUCGCCUAACCCUAGAGAGGCUCUGUAAACAACUCCAUGAGCUCCUCGUCCAAUGAUGUACUUGUCAUCUAGAUUGUCAGUGGCUGCAAGAACUUUGUGAAGCAACAAGGAAAGACCCUCUUCCUCGUCGACGACAUGAGCAUCUUCUGUCUUGAAUCCUCUUUUGCAGCAGCGGACAACCAAAACGAGACCAAAAAGCAAAGCCGAUGCAGAUAGAAAGGACCCAGCUGCUAUAAGGGCGAUCUUCCAGGUGCUAAGUUUGGUCUGACCUUUGCAAGAUUUAAACUCUUUACGUGUUACAUCACUUACUGAGUAAUAAGGUUGAAUGCAGAGGUCUGGAUUCCCCAAAAACAUUGAUGGAUCCGAUAUCAGCUUUUCCGGUAUUGGACCCUUGAGCUGAUUAUACGAGACGUCAACUUGUAGUAAGAACCUAAGAGUAAGAGGUUGAAGAACCGAUAAAGACCCUGUCAACUUGUUGUUGGAUAUGUUGAGCCGUUCGAGACUGAUAAGAGACCCCAAAGCGGCUGGAAUCUCACCGGUGAAUCCGUUCCCACUGAGGUCUAAGCCGUAACGCAGGCUCUUCAACAAGCCAACCGUGGAAGGAAUCUCACCUCCAAAAGCAUUUCGAGCUAUCCGCAGAUCUGAGAGGCGGUCAAGCUCUGCCAAGAAUGGUGGAAUCCCUCCUGAAAACUGAUUAUCGGUGAGAACUAACGUGGACAGGCUUUUCCACCUUCUGAAGCUCGAUGGAACAGAGCCGUUCAGUGAGUUGGACCCGACAUCAAAUCUCAGAAUUCCCACACAACCUGAUAGCUGAGACGGGAGAGGACCUUCCAGAUGAUUGUGUGAAAGAUUCAAGUGUCCGAGGCUCUGCAGAUUUCCCAGCUCUGGAGGUAUCAUACCCGUGAGUUUGUUUUGAGAAAGGUCGAUGGUCAAGAGAUUCUUACAGCUUCCCAAGCUUCGAGGGAUGGAUCCUUCAAAGCUGUUGCCUUUGAGGUCCACAUAGGAAAGACUAAGGCUCUCAGGGAAUUCAGGAAGAACACCUGAAAGCUUGUUUUCUCCAAGGAUGAAACUCUCGAGGGUCUUACACUCACGAACAGAUGCUGGUAUCUUACCAUGUAGCUGAUUAGAACCCAAGCUAAAAUAUCUCAACUUCUGUCCAUGGCAGAGAUUGGGAGAUAUCUCCCCUGUAAAAUUGUUAUUAAUAAGAUCCACUUCCUCUAGGCUUCGAUUCACACCUAGACUCAUGGGUAUCCCUCCAUGAAACCUGUUGUUGAACAGCACAAGCUUCUUAAGGUGCUUCAGCUGAGUUACUUCAACUGGUAGUUCCCCGGUGAGAGUGUUGUUAUAAAGGAUCAUCUGUGUCAGGCUCUGAAUCUUCCAUACGCCAAUAGGGAUCUCACCGGACAGCUUAUUCACAAAAAGCUCCAAGCUUUGCAGCUUCUUUAACUCACCCAAUGCAGGAGGUAUCUGGCCUUGGAGCUGGUUAUCGUUCAGCUUCAAGGUGUGCAAGCUGCUGCAGUUCCCGAGCUCUUGAGGGAUAUCCCCAGAGAGACGAUUCUCGCCAAGGUUAAUACGAGAAACCUUCUUUAACAUACCCAAGGAUGAUGGAAUUGUACCUGUCAAGUUGCAUUUGAUAAUGAGUAGAGACUCAAGGCUACUGCAGUUGCCGAUUUCAACAGGAACGCCACCUUCAAAGUCAUUGUACGACACAUCGAAAGUCACCAGCUUCUUGCAGUUGCUAGAACCGAAACGAAGCUGCCCUCCGAGGCUGUUGUUACUGACAUACAGCUCGCCAAGAUUCUCGAGUAGAUUGAGGCUUUCUGGUAAAGAACCAACUAGCUUGUUCUUGUUCAGAUACAGAUACUCCAGCUUACUGCAGUUCCCAAUCCAGUCGGGAAUAGUACCAGACAGGUCAUUAUAAGACAAGGUCAGAUCUACAAGUUUCUUCAACCCACCAACGCUUGCAGGAAUUGGACCACUAAGAUUAUUGCGACCAAGAUUCAGCGUUUUCAACAAGGGGACCUGAAACAAGGAGUCAGGCAACACACCACUGAAGAAGUUUGAGGUAAGAUAAAUAUGCUUCAACUCCUGCAAGCUACCGAAACUGUCUGGAAUUUCUCCGGAGAAGCUAUUUUUGGACAAAUCCAAAUACGCAAGUGAAGUACAGUUUCCUAAACUGGAAGGCAAUACACCAGAGAGACUGUUAUCACUCAGAUCCAGAACCACCAAGCUCUUGAGCUCACCGAUUUCAGAACCUAAUUGGCCUGAAACCCCAGAAGCAGUGAGCUCGAUUUUCGUGACAUUACCAGAAUCGUCACAGCUGACACCAAACCACUUAUUAGUACAUGGGGUGGUUUCAGAUGUGUUGUUCUUCCACGUCGAAGCUACUUGAGGUGGCACUUUGUCAAAGUGCUUGAGAAGAGAAAGUAAAGCCAAACCAUCUGAGUUUAGACAGGAGACGGAAUCUAUACGGAAAGAGACAAAGAGACAGCAAAGCAGAGUAAUUUUGACUACACUCAUCUGUGUGAUUCAAGCUCUCAAGAGACGGUACCUAGUAACCGAUCAGGACUGAAAUUUGAAACUCUCGUAUCUCACCAACCCUGAAUCCAGAAUGAGAGAACAAAAGAAGAAGAAGAAGAUAAAGCAGAGCUUUGAUUUGAUGGGUUUCUGAAUGUUCAUUGAUCGGCAGCGUUGGCGUUAUUAAAGAAACGAUCGAUGAGUCUGGUGAGAGAGGAAAGAGCGCGCUUUUUGCUUUACAUAUUCCGCGACUUCAACGCUGUUUCGUGUUUAUUAUCUCGCCAUUUUCUCUACUCGGAGACUGUCAUCUUCG